CGACGCCGGCCACCCGCGAUGCGGCCCUCGACGCACUGACGGCGAUCGUCGCGCGGACAAACAAGGCCACGCCAAAGGCUGCUCUGCGCUCCCAAGUGCUUCGGAUGCGGCGCCCACUUCUCUGGUCGUUCUGGCGCUCGCAUUGACCGACUUGGCGCCGUCUAGCGGGCCCAACCUCCAACAUGUGGCAACUGCAGCGCUGGGCCACGUGCUUUCUCGCGUUGGGUCUCUGCAUGGCCGUUCUCGGCGGCACGGGUCGCUCGAGCAAGACAUGCGCGUGUGCGCUGCAAUGUCAGUGCCUCGGCGCCCGCAAGCGCAUGGUGGACGGCUUCUUGACGCCUCUCGUGAAGCGCAAGUCCCCGAGCGUGCCGGUCAACGUCGUCCAGGAGCUGUACGACGUGCGCCAUUGGGACGCCGCGACCUGCGCUCCUACCAGGAACGACGUCGGCGACUUCUUCGGUCUACUCUGGAAGACGCCUACCGAAAUGCCUACAUCACGGUGGCUCACAAAGCCACGUUUGUACUGGCGCUCUCGAAGACGGUCAAGAUCAGCGAUGCCCUUUGCUGGCUGGACAAGGUGACAACACGUGUGCAAGCUGGCGUGCGCAGCGUCGCAUCGGCCUUGGCUGCCCGUCGUCGUUGCAUUUUUUGCGCGACACAGCGAGGACGAGGUCGUGGCCACCAACGUCCGUGCACACAUGGCAGCGCUCGCCAA